ACCUCCCGAACCGAUUAGCAAAGUUCCCCAAAACACACGUAACAUCAGACUUUUCCAUGUCAACCGAGCCGUAGGAGCGUAACGACCGGACGAUUGAGAAAAUCGACACGAGACGUAAACGACAACAAAACGGCAUAUUUUGGAGACGUCAACACACCGUGGAGAGAGAGAGAAAGAGAGAGAGAGGGAGGGAGAAAGAAAAAACAGAGAGGAUAAAUCGAGAUUCUUGAACCCGUUCUCGAGCGACAAUCAUCAGGAAUUCUCGUUGUUUAAAUACACCGAGAACCCACACGUCAUCGACGAUAAGGCCACCGAUAGGCGACGUGUAAAAAGAAGAAUUUUGCGGUCGCGAGAGAGAAGAAUCCGAUUUUUUUUUUUUUGUGAAAAGGAAUUUCCUCACACGUGGUGGGACCCCUUUCCCCGGUAGCUUUCCGAACGAAUUCGUAGACGGGAGCAACAGAAGCGAACCGCGGCGAUAACUAUACUAUAUCCGCGACACGGAGCCGGCGUAGUGGUGCGGUGGAGGUGGUGAAUCACGGAGACAGGUAGCGAGCCCGAGAGAACGGUUCUCAUUUAGGCUCCGAUCGUUCCUUGCGUCACAUCUCUCGAGGGUGCGUAACACCACGCCAACGUUCGCACACCUGGCUCUCUUGCCCGACGACGCACCAACGUUCGCACGUAUACGCACGCACGCACGCAUUCAUCCAACUAAGCCACUCCAUCCGAUCGAUCGACCGACCACCCACGCACGCACGCGGAGUGCCGCGACUACGUAGACGCGAUACGCGGUAUCGAACGCGAUCGAUCGAAGACGCGCGGAAAGAAAGCGCGUUUCAAUCGGUCGCAGCUGUUGUCAGCGAACGACACGGUGACGACGACAACAACAACGACAUUCUGUCACACGACGUUCGGGGUAUCCUGCCCGCUGUCAUAACAGAGCCACGUGUGAUCGGCUACGACGUGCGCGCGCGCGCAAACGAGUACGGGAUAACGCACGCACGCACGUAUAAUAUACAUACGCGCGCACCUGCGUACGUAGCCACCCACGCACGCGUCCGCCGGCAGAUCAAGGCGCACUGCACGCGCCGGUCGCACAUUGACGAGAGAGGAGUCGCGCGCGACCUAGCCGACGGCCACCCAUAUAUCUCAUCGGCGUCGCUCGUGAGGGGCACCCGAAGAGGCAGGCCCAACCGAAGCAGCUGGAAGUAAUUCUUAUUUGACGGGAUAAGCGGCCGAUAACCCACGACUACGACCAAUUUAAAGGCUCGCGCCAAUACCAGGCCAAGUCACGACGACGACGACAUCGGAGGAGAGUCCCAACGACGACACCCAGCAGCUGGUCGUUUAGAGACACACUUGCCCGCGAGAGAGACGCGAGAGAGACGCGACAGAGUGUGAAAAGCCGCACAGUCGGCGCUCGUCAAUUCUUCCCCUUUCCCCCUACUGACGACAGUACCUACGCGACGACAGGAUGCCCGGCUUCCAAAGGAGACAGAUGAUGCAGCCAUGGCCCCUAUGCCUGCCGCCCUUCGCGAAAACGAAGGAGCGCAGCGUUUUACCCAAAUAUCCGAGGGUUUCCCCGGUCAUCAGACCUUCGCCGUCCAGUUCUGGGUCCACCCUAGACUGUUCGUCGAACACCAUCCUCGUGACAAAUACCAGUCCUUUCAACAGCCAGACCGCCCUUAUCACCGAGAAGAGAUACUUCUCCGGCGACGCUGGCAAGGGAUCCAAUCACUACUAUGCCGAGAACUUGAGGAACAAUCAUCAAAAGGCUUUAAACAGGUCGCGGAUCUACGAUCCGCUCAACAAAACGCAAGACGUCGAUUACAAACAGCUAGAUCCAUUACUACCGAGCGAACAAAGUUCAAGCAUCACCAUCCUCAUGGAUCCCCCGGACGUGAGAGUACCAAAGGAGUUGCAGGAACCCAUCCGAUUGCCGUCCUCAGAAUUCAUUAGGGAACCCAAACCAUCAUGGUUACGAUUUGCCGCCCAGAUAUUAGCUGCAUUAUCGGUGUCGUUGGGUUCGAUGCAAGUCGGCUAUUCGUCUUCCUAUACAUCGCCAGCGCUGGUGUCCAUGCGUGAUAACGCUACAGCGAGCUUCGAAGUCACCAAACAGAUGAGCAUGUGGAUUGGGUCACUUAUGCCAUUGAGUGCACUUGUCGGUGGUAUCGCUGGAGGACCGCUCAUCGAAUAUAUAGGAAGGAAAAAGACAAUACUUUCUACUGCGUUUCCAUUUAUCGGAGCAUGGCUCUUAAUCGCGAUGGCUCAAAAUAUUCCGAUGGUAUUGGCUGGGCGUGCGUUAUGCGGUUUUGCCGUAGGCGUUGCUUCUUUAGCGUUACCUGUGUACUUAGGCGAAACGAUACAGACAGAAGUGCGUGGUACUCUUGGUUUAAUGCCUACCGUUUUUGGUAACUCCGGAAUAUUACUAUGCUUCGUAGCGGGUAUGUAUCUGGAUUGGAGAAAUCUGGCGCUGGUAGGGGCGAGUUUACCACUACCAUUCUUGAUUUUGAUGUUCAUAAUUCCGGAAACGCCAAGAUGGUACAUUUCCAAGGGGAAGACAAAGAUGUCCCGAAAAUCUCUUCAAUGGUUGCGCGGUAAAGACACAGACAUAACGGACGAAUUGACUAUGAUCGAGAAAUUACAUCAGGAAUACCUCGACAGUGAGCGAAAUACUUCCCAAAGUAUAAUCUCGGAAUUGCUGAAGAGUAAAAACCUCAGACCUCUCCUCAUUUCUUUGGGUCUAAUGCUGUUCCAACAAAUGUCUGGCAUCAACGCGGUGAUAUUCUAUACGGUGCAAAUAUUCCAAGACGCUGGUAGCACAAUCGAUGAGAACAUCUCGACCAUAAUCAUUGGAAUAGUGAAUUUCAUAUCCACCUUCGUCGCCGCGUCUGUGAUCGACAAGCUGGGCAGGAAGAUGCUACUGUACAUAAGCGCCAUACUGAUGAUUCUAACCCUCUUCUCCCUUGGCGGAUUUUUCUACGUGAAGUCAAUGGGUGUGGACGUGACGGCCUUCGGCUGGCUGCCACUGGUCAGUUUGAUCGUGUAUGUGAUAGGUUUCUCACUGGGUUUCGGGCCUAUUCCUUGGCUGAUGAUGGGUGAGAUCCUGCCCGCCAAGAUCCGUGGCUCCGCCGCGAGCAUCGCGACCGCCUUCAACUGGAUGUGCACCUUCAUCGUAACGAAGACCUUCGAGGAUGUCAUAGGAGUGAUCGGUGCGCACGGCACCUUCUGGAUGUUCGGCAUAAUCGUCGUGGUGGGCUUUGUCUUCGUGAUCGUCAGUGUGCCGGAGACCCGCGGCAGGUCGCUCGAGGAGAUCGAAAAGAGGUUCACAGGUCCAACUAGAAGGAUGAGCGCAGUCGCCAAUAUGAAACCGACGCCGAUGUCGUGCUAGCUGCUGAACUUCCGAUCGCGACUCGCGAUGAAGAAACUCGUUCGAAUAAAAAAUAGGAUUCCUUACGAUGUCCUUCUAAAGGAAAGAUUCCCUUACAGAUAUGCUUCCCUUAAAGGGAAGUUCGAAGGGAAGUUCAGGUUCGAAGGUUAUACUUCUCUCUUCUGUGUAAAGAGAAGCGUCUGUUCUUUUUUCUUGGCUUUUCCUACUUUACUCUUAUUUCUAAAAUCUUCGGCUCCCUUUCGCGAGAUAUAUUUGUUAUAACGAAGUUAGAGCGAGAGCGAUUCGGAAAUAAUCGAUAAAAGAUGGAAAUCGGUCGUAGAUCUGAAUAGUAUGUAUAAAUACGCGAACAAAAGUGCUUCUCAUAAGAUUCACAUCUCUUUAAACAAGUUGAAGAGGCAAUUGGGUGAAAAGUUCUAUCAAUUGAAAAAUUUAGUGCAAUAGAGAUUAUUAAAAGAUCUAUUUUAAAAAAGUUAGUUAAGAUAAUUCCUCGACUGUACUUUUAAACAGAAUCUUACGAUAUAAGAAAAAACACAUUGUCUUCGUUCAUUCGCUUCUUCAAUUAGCCUCGUGAAACUUCGGCAGAUUUCGCUUUAACCAUAUUCCUAUCCAAUACGAGGAUCAGACCUAACAAGUUAGUGCCAAUCUUGUCGAGAACCCAAAUUGCGAGGCCAAUUAAGUAGCUUCGUGGAAUAUAAAUGUGUUACGCUUUCCCACCGGGGAAAUGGCAAAAUAUGUGACUAUCAGCUGUUGACUAGGUGUGUAGUUGCAAUUGUUCUUAUUAUUCCCGACAGUCCUACAGGGCCUACCUCAAGUUAAUACUGCUCUAUUAGAGUAUAGCAGAUAAUACUGUCGUUAGAGAUGUACGCGUAGGUCAACGCUAGUCGCGCGCGAGCACGCGUUUCUUUUUUUAUAGCGUAAUUUGCGUGGGGCUGUGGUAUCGCAUAGGUUCUGUGUGAUACGAUUAAUCGUCACGUGCACCUUGAAUUUGAAUUAAAAGCACGCGUAACAUGUGUGUAUUUUUAUAUGUAUGUAUGUAUAUACCAUAUGUAUAUACCUAUAUACAUACACACAUUAUAUGCCGACCAAGAAACCGGUCUUUCGAACAGAGGCGAAUUUCCCGUGCGACAAUAACGUUUAAUCAAUCGCGUUCUCGUCACAGUAAUUACGAAUUGUAAAUAGUCGAAGAGAUUUACACGCCAUAGUGAUAUUAUCUACGUCCAAGAAAAAUUGUUGUUAAUUUCAGUCGUAACUAAACAAUUAUUUUUCUAUUGCCUCUUUCUUAUUUUUAGAUUAAAUUUAGAAAAAGAUAGAGAGGAAGAAUGAAAACUGAGCUAUGAUUGUAGUUAAUCAGCAUUGAAAAAAUUGAUCGUAAGUGGAACGAUAUGAUUCCAGCAGCCAGUAUGAUCGUAAUCUUCGUAUUAAACUAAUGAUGCUUGAUAUCGGACGGCUGCAUCAAUGUGAGAUGUGAUUUUAAAUGUACGUACGAUAAUUUAAGCGUUAUAAUACAUAGCAGAUAUAUAUUUUUAAAGCGAAGAAUUACGAAAAGUGGAAGCGUAGUUAUAAACUCGAGAUGAAGUUCUUGGCUGCUUUCCUUUUAAGAGACACAAGUAUCGUUCUAUCUUUGUCACUCUCUGAAUGUCCAAGAAGGAUAGAACGACGCUUGUGUCGAUUUGUGUCAUCAAAUGGAAAACAGUGCUUAGGAAGUUAGUAAGAAUACGUAACGCUGGAGGAAAACAGACAAAUGUAAUAUAGUCGAGUCGCCUAUGUUCGAAAGUUAGGGUAAAGCUGCGUCGAGCAUCUGACGAGUGUUCUCGGUCAAGUAAUUUAAUAGAGAACAAUUCGCUGGUAAAUUAUUAUGAGAGAUAUUAUAUUAUAUAGAGGAAUACAUUAUUUGUAUAUUUUACAUAAAUUAUUGAUACAUAUUUGUAUAUAUUUGUUAUCAACAAUUUAUCGCCUGAGAUUGUAAAAAAGAGAAUUAUGUACACAUUAAAAAAUCUAUUUUUCAUAAA